UUGGCCUACGUCAGAUCUACCAUCAAGGGAAGUUAUGGAGACUCCGGAAAGUGACCAGUUCAACCCUACUCAGGAAAUGCAGUGUCCAUCAACUGUGGGCAGGCGAAGUGUGGAGAUGAAACGUGUCGCGAAGGAGUUCUUCUGUCUCACUGAUGAGACAGACCGAGGGAGGGUGAGUGUGUCAACACGUGGAGCCAGUAUGAGAAGCAGCCACACUCCUGGACACUGCAAAGGGAGUGAAUCUGUGCUGCGCAGGACUGUGACCUUGGAUUAUAAUGAUGGUGAUGACUAUGAUGAUACAGAGGGAAUCGCUGAACAUACAACAAAACCAGAAGUCACAGAAGAAUGGACGACAGUCAUGGGGGCAAAACUCCCAGAGUUACCAGUUCAUAAAAAGGAGACCUCAAGAACGAAAUGUGAGUCUCCAAAAGAAUAUAUUCAGCUCCAAAGGGAUAAAGGGAUGAGUGUACCAGAAACACAGACACGGAUGAAAGAUCAGGCCAAGAUACUGUUACCACUAAAGCCUUUCAGUGAGGGAUAUGAGGCUGCAUUCCUCAGGGACAGAAUGCGAAGGCUCUGCAGAAGAUCAGGACCUCCUUUCUCGCUGUUCUCCCCUACGGAAAGCCUGGGGGACAUACUGUACAGGAAAACCAAGCAUGUGUUUGACUACACAGUCAAUGACAUGAAAGACAAAAAGCCUGAUGUUUCAAGGUGUGGUUCCAAUCUAAACCAAUGUGUUAGACCAGACCUUCCAGUACGGAAAGGCUUCAAUGUAUCCACAUCUAGGUACAGCCAGAGAAGGGAACAAUCAAUUGAUCAGGUGACGGUGAUCAGAAAAGAUCAUGUCGGUAGGCCUUUACUAAUGCUGAAAGGCAAUGCAAGUCUAACCAACAGUGAUGGAAGCAGCAACACGGAUUCAUUUGCUUAUUCACCCAGACUCACAAAGGAAAGAAAGAGGCACUACUACAAAGACCUGUGUCAGCAGGUGGAGGAGAAGAGACAACAAAAAGCGAGGGAGAGGAGAAGGAUUACCACCGCCGAACAAACUCACAAUGAGACAAUGCAGUUCUUCACCUGGGGGAUGCCAGGGAGCGGAGCCCCAAACUACCACCUGGACUCUGUGAGAAGGAACAAGUUCAGUUCCACAGAAAUGAUACCCCAGGAACAGCCCACUAUCGUGCCAUAUGAGGAGUUUGAUGUUAUGGCUGAUAUAAAGGCCAUACGCAAAGCCUGUAAAGGCUUGGGCACUGAUGAACAAGCCAUCAUUGACAUACUGGCUAACCGCUGUGCAGCCCAGCGGAUGGAAAUUAAACAGGCCUAUUUUGAUAAAUAUGACGAUGAGUUGGUGGAUGUGCUGAAGAGUGAGCUGGGGGGGAACUUUGAGAAUGCCGUCCUAGCCAUGCUGGACCCUCCAGUCGUCUAUGCAGUGAAGGAGCUCAGGAGGGCCAUGAAGGGAGCAGGCACUGAUGAGGAUACUCUGGUGGAGAUUCUGUGCACUGCCACAAACGCUGAUAUUCACAUGUUCAAAGAAUGCUACUUUCAGGUGCAUGAAAGGGACCUGGAAUCAGAUGUCGACGGGGACACUAGUGGAGAUGUGAGAAACCUGCUCACUGCUCUUUUACAGGGCACCAGAGAUGAGACUUACGAUGUGGAUGAGGGUCUGGCUGAAGCAGAUGCCACCGCCCUGUUUGAGGCUGGUGAGGGAUGUUUUGGGACGGAUGAAUCCACUUUCAGCUUCGUCCUGGCCAACCGAAACUACCUUCAGCUACAGGCCACCUUCAAGGUGUAUGAGCAGCUCUCUGGAACAGAAAUUCUGGAUGCCAUUGAUAAUGAGGUCUCUGGGACACUGAAGGACUGUUACAUCACACUUGUGAGGGUUGCUAAAAACCCUCAGCUGUAUUUCGCCCGGCGACUGAAUGAAGCCAUGAAAGGAGCAGGCACUGAUGAGGACACCCUCAUCCGCAUCCUUGUAUGCCGCUCUGAGUACGACCUGGAGACCAUUAAAGACAUGUACCUGGAGAAGUAUGACAUGUCCCUGAAGGAAGCCAUCAAAUCUGAGUGUGGUGGAGACUUCAAACGUCUCCUGCUGGCUAUCUGCCAUUGAGAGAGCGGCGAGAGAGCAGAGUGCCUGAAAGGGACCGAGGGUGCUGCUGCUCACUCCUGGACAAACUAACACUACUUACAAUCGGUCCUACUGUCCUCAAACAUGCAACAUUCUCGGAUAGGGCAGGGGGUGGAACUGGAGAUAGCUCAAAUCCAGCUGGUUCUGUUCUCCUGAUUUGGCAUUGUUGUCUUGGUUCCCUACGAAAGUGUUAUCAAUAUGUGGCUACUAUAUUUGAUCUACUUAUCUAAAGGCAGUUGGAUGCUCAGAACAUACCGUGUGGUGUGAUUGGUUUUGAUCGAGAGGAGUGCUAGGACUAGAGACUUACCUUAGACCAGCGCUCCACAUUACCAGUGAAACUUAGUAGCCCUAGUCCUUGAAAUUCUGUUUACUAUGUACAGUUGUGUCACAAGAUCUCAAAUUCCUAAAUUCUCUUUUCUGCAGUUAAAUUGAAGUUCAGUAGGAUCAGGUGGUUCAGUGCUUGGUAGGAAGGUCAGUCUGCACACAAGGGCAUUUGUAGGAACUGGGACAGGGUGUUGCUGGAAGAUUAUGGUUAUGCAUUGUAUUGGAUGUAUCUGUCUUAUACAGAUGAGACCUAUUCCAUUGAGCAGUGAUCAUAUUUUUGAGCUUGCAUUUAAAAUGAUCAGCAAACAUUUCGUCCAUGCUUAGUGAGACACCAAUUUGGAUUUGAUCUAUCCAGUGCCAGUACCUUCCACCCCAAACUCCAUCUUCAGUAUUAACAAGUGUUUAUAAACUGUUAGCUAGCUAGUUAUGUGCAAUCUGUCCAUCUACCUUGAAGUUAUAACUUAAAUGAAGGAGAAAUGAAAGUGUCCUUAUGAAGCAAUUGUAUUUUAUAUGACAUGAAUCAAUGCAUAUAUAAUAUUGAUAUUAUUUUAAAAUAAUCAACACUACCACUCCAAAGAUAAGUACAUUGUAAUUCUACUGUCUGAUUAAUCUUCACGUGUCAGUCAAAAACAGUUAGUUUAAAUUAAAUAACUAUGUAUUGACUUCAUGCUUCAAUAUGUUGCAAGGGAAACUGCUGUGACAAAUCUUCAAACACCUCAUAAAAUGUUUGUAUUGCAAGACUAAAACUAUUAACUACAUUAAGACUGCAGUAUUAUAUAUCAUUCAAAUGUGUUUAAAGAUUUACUGUAUACACAAGAAGGUAUUUGAAAAGGUCUUGGAAGGUAUUUGAGAAAAGAUUUAGACUUGUACCUAUGAAGUAUCUAAACUCUUUGAAUAGCAUGGUCUAAAAUGUUACGACCACUGUCACUUCUGUGUCCCAUAAUGGCAGCAGUAUUUUUAACAUAUUCCUAUAUUAGGAAUUAGGUCAUAUUAGAAAGUAAUCUCAGCUGAAUAACUUGAGAUAUUUGUAACAUUUUAUAAUGCUGGCUAGGCUACUAUGAAUUCCAUGCAAGAGAGGAUAAUGUCAACAGGUUUCAGACCGUGCACACCUGCCCUUAUGAAAAUAUAUGGAAUAGGGACCAAUAUUUGCCUCUGUAUCAGCAAAAUAUUACAUGCAAAUUACAGAAUAAAAUUGAUCUAAAAUUA